AUGCUGGGAUGGGUGCAUGGAGUCGCCGCAUGGUUGACUUCUAUUCCCUGGAUCGCCCACACCCUACAGUCCUAUGGCGGCCUGCCGUCGCUUGUGUCCUUCGGGCUCCUAUUGGGGGUCGCCUUGUAUCUUGGGCUGUACCGCGCUCUGUUUGCGGUGCUCGGGGCCACCGCCUGGCGUCGGGGAGGGCUACGAGCGUUGGUGGGUGUGCCCGCAGCCUGGGUCGCCGUAGAGUGGCUGAGGACCUGGUUUCUAGAGGGCUUCCCUUGGAACUUGGCUGCCUAUGCUUGGACGGACCUUCCCGGAGCUCUACUUUUCUCGGCUUUCGGUGGGGCUUUGGGAGUUUCUUUUCUGCUGCUGUUCCUGCAGGGCGGAUGCGCCCUGGCGAUCGCUGAGAAACGGUGGCGCUGGCUCGUGGUGGCAUUGGUCGUUUCCCUGGUGCCUCUGGCUUUGGCGUGGGCUCAGGGGAGGUCAGAGGCCGAGUCGAAAGUGACGGCAGAGGGCUCGCCGGUACGUCUUCUGCAGCCCAACAUCGCCAAUGCUGCCCAGCCCGAAUGGGAGGAGAUCUUCCGUAAUUACAGCAAGGUGUUGACCCAAUCCCGCCAGGCUUGCGAUGAGCCGGGAGCUCUUCUCCUGUGGCCGGAGAGUGCUGCCUGGCCCUUCGAGUUCGACUCUCCCUCCGGGGACCAGCGGCUGCGCCGUGACCUGGAAGCGCUCAAUAGCGCCGGUUGUCCGGUGCUGUUCAAUUCUCCUCACAACGCGACCGAUGGAGGAACCUUCAACUCCGCUUUCCUGCUUUCCCCCGGCGGGAGAGUGGAGCGCUACGACAAGCGGAAGUUGGUGCCUUGGGGAGAGUUCGUACCGCUCAAGGAUCUGUUUCCCUUGGUCGGGAGGUUGGCUCGGAGUGCGGGCGACUUCCAAGCCGGGGAAGGUCAGCCUUUACUGCGCUGGGGACAGGAACGAAUCGCCGUUGGGAUUUGCUAUGAGGUGGUGUUUCCCCAGGAAGCGGCGGCAGCGGUGAGAGCCGGAGCGACUUUGCUCGCCUCCGGUAGUAAUGAUGCCUGGUACGGUACGUCGGCAGCCCGAGCACAGCUAUUUCGUGCAGCCCGCUUUCGGGCGGCGGAAAAUCGCCGCCCCUUGCUCCGGUCGGCGAUAACGGGAAUCUCCGGUCUAAUUGGGUCCGAAGGGGAAAUCUUGGCCCGGCUGGGAGAGGACGAAGAGGGAGUCUUAGCCGUCUCCGUGACCGGUCGCCAGGACCUGAGCCCCUACACUCGAUACCCGGGUUUGACACCAGCUUUCUGCGGUCUGCUACUGGCUUUUGCUAUAGUCCGCCGCUCUAGGAGGGAGACAUGA